CAAACCAGUCGUCUUUACCUGUUUCUCUAACACAGAACGGAAGAGAGAGAGAGAGUUUGUAAGACGAAGGAGAGAAAUGGGUGGAGAAGAAAUAGCGGGCCCACCAGCUCCGAAGGUCCUCCGUCUCCUCUAUUUCGUCGGCGCCGGCUUUAUUUGCACGGUUGGAAUCAACAAGUGGCGCGAGAUGCAGCGCAAGUCCAUGGCUUUACAGCAACACCAGCAGCAGCAGCAGCUCCCCGAAAAUGCCUCAAAUGCCCUUGAGUGAUCUCAGGUUUUUGGUUUCUGAAAUUCUUGAUGAAUGUGUGUAAAACAAUAACAAUUUGAGUAAUCUGAUUUGAAAUUUUGCAUUAAUAUGGAAUCUUGCUGUUUUUUGAGCUGGAUUUUCGAAUUUCGCCGCGGAUUGUGGCAAAUUAGUCUGAGAUUUUAGGUUUAUAUGUGCCCUCCAGAUGAACUCUGGUUAGAAUGAUCGAGCUUUAAUAGCUUGUUUGUUGAAUUUUAUGGCCGAAUAGUGGACGAAUUUGUAUCUUUCCAUGUAUAAAAUACUGAAUAUGAAUAAUUCUCGGCAUAA